AUGGUUUUUCUUACAACUAAAAUGAUGCAAAGGACUGCACUCUUUGUGACUUUCGGAGGCUUGGUCACAUCUCUGAUCACUACCUUUCUACCAUUUUGGAAGACAAUGAACUCUGAUCUUAAUGAAGUGGAGAACUGGUACUCUGGACUGUGGCACACCUGCCUCUAUACAGAGGAGGUGGGAAUUCAGUGUAAGGCCUAUGAGUCCAUCCUGGCUUUGCCGAUGGAUCUGCAGAUCUCAAGGGUACUUAUGUUAAUUUCUGUAGGCACUGGAGGUUUGGCUGUGGUAGCUGCCUUCCCAGGUUUAGAGGGGGUUGAGAUAUGCAUGAGGCAGCCUGGCAUAAAGAGAGGACUCCUUAUCUUUGCUGGAGUCCUGUCCUGGAUAUCAGGGCUCACUACGCUGGCUCCUGUCUCUAUUGUGGCGUACACAACGGUGGUGGACUUCUGGAAUGAAGGUUUUCCUGAUGUGAUGCCUCGGUGGGAAUAUGGAGAGGCAAUGUUCUCGGGAUGGUUCGGAGGUUUGGCUCUGGUCAUUGGAGGAACCCUGUUCUUUGUGGCUGUGUGCAUGAGAGACUACGGCCAGAGACCACCAAGUGUGUCAAACAGCCCACAGGUGAAGCAUGGGACUAAAUACUACCUGAAGACAGAGAUUUUAUAA